UGUUUUCAGUGAAAGCUGGUCAGGCUUGGAUGUAAGCUUAAAAAAUGAACACAUUUCAACACCUGCGCAGCGGUGCAGCGGGGUAAGGUCGUGUGCGCUUCAAGAACGUCAUGAUGCAAGUUCAAACCACGUGCUGACUGUAGUGAGCUGCUCCAGACAGUAUGAAGAGCUGCCCCAGACUACACUCACUCUGGAGCCUCCAUUCCCAGAGAUAUUCACCGGGGAGACAGUCACUCUGAGGUGUGGGGUUGAGGGGGGUUCUGCUGGCUGGAAAUAUCUCUGGUACAAAGACAGUGAGGACACUCCAGUGCUCCAGACUGCUGACCACAGUAUAAAUGGUGACAGCUACACAAUCACUGCAGCUGCUGUAUCUGACCAGGGCCAGUACUGCUGUCGAGGACAAAGAGGAGAUCAGCCACUGUACUCACAGCUCAGUGAUAAAGUGACAGUAACUGUGUCUGAGGGUCAUCCUUGGGCUGUCCUGACCCUGCAGCCUGCCUGGUCACAGAUAUUCCCAGGAGAGACAGUCACCCUGAGCUGUGAGAUGGAGGGGGGCUCUGCUGACUGGAGGUUUAAACAGUACAGAAAUGGCCGUGAAGAGGCAGGGUGCAGUGAUCAAUACAGCAGGAGAGAUGGGGACAGCUGCAUAAUCAGUUACUCUCAGCAUUACCACAGUGGAGUGUACUGGUGUGAGUCUGCAUCAGGACAGGAGCACAGUAAUGCUGUCACCUUAACUGUGUCCAAUGGACGGAUGAUCCUGCAGACUCCCCCCCAGCCUGUGUUUGAGGGAGACUCUCUGACUCUGAGGUGUCAUGUACGCUAUGGUUAUAAAGCUACCAUGGUUAUAUUUUAUAAAGAUAAUAGACAGUUACAGUCCCGGGCUGAUACAGAGCUGAGUGUGGAUCGUGUUUCAAAGAGUGACGAGGGGUCCUACAAGUGCAAAGCAUGGUGGUGGUGGAACUCCUCCCCUUACUCUGGUGACUCUGCAGAGGUGCGGGUGACAGUGAGAGAGGGACGACCAAAGCCUGCACUGACCCGGGAGCCUGCAGGAGAGAUAUUUGAAGGAGACACGGUCACCCUGAGCUGUGUGGUUGAGGGGGGCUCUGGUGGCUGGAGAUAUCUCUGGUACAAAGACAGGCAGGGAGCUCCAGUGUACCAGACUGACAGCAGCAGUGGAACUGGAGCCGGAUACACAAUUAGUGCUGCUGCUCUGUCCCACAGUGGAGAGUACUGGUGUGGAGCUGGACGGGGCAGGAACACGUCUUACUCACAAUACAGCGAUCCCAACUGGGUAAAUGUAACUGCUCUGUUCUCCAGGGUGACUCUGACAGCAUCUCCAGGAGCCUCAGUGAAGGAGGGAGAGGCUCUUAACCUGACCUGUGAGGCAGCAGUGAACAAAACCCCCCGCCCUGAACUCCACUACACCAUUGUGAGAGACGGGGAGCCUGUGACUAACAGCACUGACUCUGCACUGUACAGCAUAGCCAGCACUGAGAAGAGCCACACUGGGAGCUACACGUGUGCUGUGGAGUCACAGGGAGUGAAGAAGAGCAGCCAGGAGCUACACAUUGAACUGCAAACAUCCUGGCACAGCGCUGUUGCUAUUGGCUACAGAGUGAGCUUCACUCUGAUUCAUUUCAUUGUGUUCAAUCUGAUGCUCCUUCAAUACUGCAGGAUCCAAGGUUCCUCGUGUCUCGCUGGUGGUAAGUCAAGGAAAACCUCGGAUCAGGAUCAGGAGCAGUCAGCAGAGGGGAUUGAGCUCUCCAGCCGUGUGCAGCACACUGGAGUGGAACUGGAAUAGUGCUGCAUUACCAUAGACUGGAGUGGAACUGGAAUAGUGCUGCAUUACCAGAGACUGGAGUGGAACUGGAAUAGUGCUGCAUUACCAGAGACUGGAGUGGAACUGGAAUAGUGCUGCAUUACCAGAGACUGGAGUGGAACUGGAAUAGUGCUGCAUUACCAGAGACUGGAGUGGAACUGGAAUAGUGCUGCAUUACCAGAGACUGGAGUGGAACUGGAAUAGUGCUGCAUUACCAGAGACUGGAGGAUUUUGUAAUGGUUGAUUACUUAUUGAUUGAUUUAAUUCUUUGAUUUAUUUGAUUGAUUGCAUUUUUAACUGAAGUUCAUAACUGAACUAUUUCUGUAUUCGUAAACUAUUCUGUAAUCAAUAAACUGCUUUACUCUA